AUGACAUCUGUUCUAAGAAAUUUAUUAUUGAAACGUCAUUAUAUUAAUAAUAUUUAUUUCAAAUCAAAUUGUCUAAUUAAAAAACCAAUUCGUCAAAUACAAACAUCAGCAUGGUAUCUACAUGGAGAGUAUGAAUUUCAAGAUCCAAAAUCAGAUGAUGAAGUUGUUAAUGUCACAUUUAUUGAUAAAAAUGGCAAUAAAAAAUUAAUAAAAGGUAAAAUUGGUGAUAAUGUAUUAUAUUUAGCUCACAGAUAUGGAGUUGAAAUGGAAGGUGCAUGUGAAGCAUCACUAGCAUGUACAACAUGUCAUGUUUAUGUUGAUCAUAAUUAUACAGAUAAACUUCCAACAGCUCUAGAUCAAGAGGAGGACAUGCUUGAUUUAGCACCAUUUUUAAAGGAAAAUUCACGAUUAGGUUGUCAAAUAAUAUUAACAAAAGAACUUGAUGGUAUUAUUUUGGAACAACCACCAGCAACAAGAAACUUUUAUGUUGAUGGACACACUCCAACACCUCAUUAA